AUGGCAGCGGGGAACGGUGAAGUGGUGAAGGUGGCGGAGUGCGGGUGCUGCGGCAUGUGGGAGGAGUGCACGGUGGAGUACAUAGGGUGGGUGAAGGAGCAGUUCGGCGGCGUGUGGGUGUGCGGGCUGUGCACGGAGGCGAUCAAGGACGAGCAGGCCAGGCUGGGGGUGGGCGUCGAGGCGGCGAUGCUCGUCCAUGCAAAGUUCAGGCAGGUCGCCAGCAUCGACCCCACAGUCCGCAUAGCUCUCUCCCUCCUCCACUUCUUCAAGAAGAUGAUCUCUUCGCCCACUUCCUCCCCUUCAAAGCUAUGA